CCGGUACUUCCGGGAACAGCUCCUGUGACCAUUGCGGGAGAGCGGUGCAACCGUUUUGCUUCCGCAUACCGAAAAUGCAGCGACACGGACGUUGGUGAAAAUCUGAAACAAACCCAGUCGCAUUGGGACUUGGGUACUGACAGUGACCACUGCGGGAGAGCAGUGCAACCGUUUUGCUUCCGCAUACCGAAAAUACAGCGACAACCGGUGGUAGACAACUCGUGCUCCGUUAACACCUGGUUUUCCCGCGUGCGGAGCGUCGGGAUAUGUUGUUCACAUCGGGCAAGCAGGGAAAGUGGUCUUUUUCACUGUUUACAUGCUCGUCUCUGCCGCUACUGUUGGAAGAAGCUAAGUGCUAAAUGUUGACGCGGUGUGAAAAUCUCAUCCUUUGAAUGCCAAACAGAUCAGCUAGUGUCCCUGCACUGGCGGAUAUGGAUUGUUAUCAUUCCCGGAGAGUGGCCUUGGUGUAUCUCUAUUUGAACAAUAAACGCAGACGUCGUCAGGCUCACCGUCGUGUCUGGGUUCAUAAGAUAAACCAGCGGCGCUUCGAUGAGUUCCACCGCCUUCUCCAGGAGCUGCGCCUAGAUGGAAGCCUCUUCCAGCGGUCAUUUGGUCUCACCACGCAGCAGUUUGAUGAUCUGCUGUCCCGUAUCGGUGCACGCAUCACUCACCAGGACACAAACUACAGGCGCUCCAUUUCAGCAGCAGAGCGCCUGUCCAUCUGUCUACGCUACCUGGCCACUGGGGACUCCUACCGGACCAUUGCUACAAGUUACCGUGUUGGUGUCUCUACAGUCGCCAUAAUCAUCCCAGAGGUGGUGACUGCCAUCUGGGACGGGCUGGUGAAGGACUUUUUGGCUAUGCCCUCAGCAGAGGAUUGGAGGUGCAUUGCCGAGGAAUUCCUUCAGCGGUGGAACUUCCCAAAUUGCUGUGGAGCUGUGGACGGGAAGCACAUCAUCCUGAAGGUGCCCCCCAACUUAGGAUCCCAGUUACACAGCUACAAGGGUCCUUUCUCCAUUGUUCUCCUGGCGGUUGUGGACGCCUUCGGGCGGUUUAGGGUGAUCGAUGUUGGGGACUACGGCAGAACGAGCGAUGGCGGCAUCCUGGCCAACUCCACCUUUGGUCAGGCGCUUCGCUGUGGCAAACUCAAUCUGCCACCAGACUGCCCCCUCCCAGGAGCGGAGCAUCGAGGACCCCUGCCCCACGUCUUUGUGGCAGACGAGGCUUUUCCUCUGCGACGGAACAUGAUGCGUCCAUUCCCUAGUCGCGGCCUCACCCGAGAAAGGCGUAUCUUCAACUACCGCCUCUCCCAGCCACGGGUGGUGGUGGAGGACGCCUUUGGCCUUCUGUUUGCACAAUGGCGCCUGUUUCAGCGCCUGGUUGAUGUCCGGCCUGAAGUUUUGGAGAAGUUUGUGAAGACAACAUGCCUGCUUCACAAUUUCAUCAGGUCUUUUGCCAGUGAAACAUCUGAGGGGGAGACUGUGGUCACUGCAGAGGAUCCACUUCGUGGGCUUGGAAGGCUUGCAGCCAACAACUUCUCCAGGGAAGCCUUCACUGUGAGGGAAACCUUCAUGGCCCACUUCACUGCGGAGGGAGCAGUGACCUGGCAGCCCAUAGAGUAGUCUGUCUCGUCAUUUCCUCCUGACCCAAAACGUCUCUUUAAAGAGCCACUACAAACCAUGAAGAGCUUGAUUCCCUCCCAUUUUUUUAAAAUUGACUGAAUACAAUUUAUUAUAAUGAAAAUUGUCUUUUGACUGGCCUGAUUUAAAGUUUAAUAAAGUCGGUUCUUUAAGAAAUCUUAA